UUUUAUGUGGUUUCCGUUGAAUUCUUUAUCCGAAUUCUAUACAAACUGAGCCACAGCCAUCACCAGGCUAUAGGCAACAUUUUGUAAUAGAAAAUGCAUUUGUUUAGGAAAUUUGAAGGUUUUAUCAUCGAUAAUAAUAUCGACAACCUGCGCCUUUAGAAAGUAAUCGAUUUUUUACUUUGUUUGAAGUUUGAAUUGUAGCUAUAGUAAAGCACACGGUUUUGUGAUUGAUUUCUAAUAUUAGUUAUAAAAUAAAGUAUGAAAGAAGCGCCUUUAUCUUCAUGUGAGAAGAACUUUGUCAUUCAAGCGAUUAAGCAAAAUCAGCGCUUGGACGGCAGGAAUAAUGAUGAAUUUCGCAGCCUGAAAAUUAAUUAUGGAUCAGAUUGGGGCAGCGUAAUAGUGGCUUUAGGUGAAACGAAAGUGUUGGCUCAAGUAUCCAGUGAACUAGGAGAGCCAAAAGCAACACGACCCAAUGAAGGCAUUUUGCAUAUAAACGUUGAACUGGGGCCAAUGGCUGCCUCACAUUUUGAAGCCGGCCGCAACUGCGAGUUGACUGUACAACUUAAUCGUACACUGGAGAGAACAUUUAAAGAUUCCCGUGCUAUAGAUUUGGAAUCAUUGUGUGUUAUAUCCGAGGAGCGCGUUUGGAUGUUGCGUGUUGACUUAAAUGUUCUAAAUCACGAAGGCAAUCUUAUAGAUUGUUGUUCAGUAGCAACUCUAUGUGCUUUAGCGCACUUUAGGCGUCCAGACGUAAGCGUCAUUGAAGAUGAAAUUCAAAUACAUACCUCGGCCGAAAAAGAACCACUAAAAAUGGUUAUGCACCACUAUCCAGUUUGCGUCAGUUAUGUUAUAUUCGACGAUGGCCGCAUAGCAGUAGCCGAUCCGACCGUUGCGGAGGAGCGUACUAGUGACACGGAAAUGAUUUUUGGCAUAAACUCCUUCGGAGAAUUGUGUUGUCUCAAUCUAGGUGGCUCAUCUCUUACCAGCCCAACGUUGCUAUUACAAUGUUCGAAAAAAGCAGCAAAACAUGCCAAAAGCGUUGUGGACCUGGUUAAAAAAUCCCUGGAAAACGAUUCAGAAGCUAGAGAGGCUGGGAAAAAAGUUGGAUUUACGGGAUGUUUGCAUCACAAUACCUUAACCAGUUUGGGUGAAGACCGAUUGGUUUUGAAAUUAAGAAAUUUUACUUUUAAUGAUGUUACUGAAGACGACGAGCCCAAUAAAAAGAUAGUCCAAGGAAAACUUUACAGUAAUCCUCAAUAUAAGCCAGAUACCAAAUGGAUACCUGAAGCGCCUUCGGAUGCUAGUGACAAUAGUGUUACCAUGGAAUCGGAUACUGGUGGUAGUGAGAAUCUAGAAGGAACAGAAAAAGAAUUUUUAGAAUGCAGUGACAUCCAAACAAACUUUCCUAUAAGUAAACAAAGGCAUGCGAUGAAGCAAAUUACUAACAGCGACUCAGAAGAAGAAGAAAAAAUUAUUCUCUAAGUGGCGAUCCGAGAUUCCAA